GUGGGGGUGUGUACAUGCCUGCUCAGGGUGGAUUCGCAUGGGAGUGUGGGUGUUCCUCGGGUGUUGCCUCAACCUGUCCCUCACAGGCUGCCCUUCCCUAGAAGCUGGAUUGACACCCGCCCUUCGUCCAUGCUGGCUGGCUGCCCUUGCAGGGUCGGUCGCUCCCACUCUCCCAGACCUUAGGCUAGGGUGGGGACCAGCUCUCCCAGAAAUGGAGAGGAGGAACGAGCAAGCAGCUGACCUGGAAUCUCCACCCACCACCAAAGCUGCCCUGGCCUCUAGGAAGACUCCAAAGUGAGGACGGAUCAAGGCGGGGACAGGAGCCAAACCAGAGGGGAACAUGGAACUUCUGUCUACCCCCCACAGCAUCGAGAUCAACAAUAUCACUUGUGACUCUUUCCGCAUCUCCUGGGCCAUGGAAGACAGUGACCUGGAGAGGGUCACCCAUUAUUUCAUUGACCUCAACAAGAAGGAAAACAAGAAUUCCAACAAAUUCAAGCACCGGGAUGUCCCCACCAAGCUUGUGGCCAAGGCGGUGCCUCUGCCCAUGACAGUGAGAGGCCACUGGUUCCUGAGUCCCCGUACAGAGUACAGCGUGGCUGUGCAGACAGCGGUGAAGCAGAGCGAUGGGGAGUACCUGGUGUCUGGCUGGAGCGAGACUGUGGAGUUCUGCACUGGAGACUAUGCCAAGGAGCACCUUGCCCAGCUGCAGGAGAAGGCUGAGCAGAUCGCUGGCCGCAUGCUCCGCUUCUCCGUGUUCUACCGCAACCAUCACAAGGAGUACUUCCAGCACGCCAGGACUCACUGUGGGAAUGUGCUGCAGCCUUACCUGAAGGACAACAGUGGCAGCCACGGCUCCCCCACCAGUGGCAUGCUGCAUGGCGUCUUCUUCAGCUGCAACACGGAGUUCAACACAGGCCAGCCCCCACAAGACUCCCCUUAUGGCCGCUGGCGCUUCCAGAUCCCUGCCCAGCGCCUCUUCAACCCCAGCACCAAUCUCUACUUCGCGGACUUCUACUGUAUGUACACAGCCUACCACUAUGCCAUCCUGGUACUGGCACCCAAGGGCUCCCUGGGGGACCGCUUCUGCCGUGACCGUCUGCCCCUCCUGGACAUUGCCUGCAACAAGUUCCUGACCUGCAGUGUGGAGGAUGGGGAGCUGAUCUUCCGCCACGCUCAGGACCUCAUCCUGGAGAUCAUCUACACCGAGCCGGUCGACCUGUCCCUGGGCACGCUGGGAGAGAUCAGCGGGCACCAGCUCAUGAGCCUGUCCACUGCCGAUGCCAAGAAAGACCCCAGCUGUAAGACCUGCAACAUCAGUGUGGGCCGCUAGGGACUCCUGGGGAGCUGGAGGCCUGGGGAGAGGUGGCAGGAGGGCAGGGGAUGUGUGGCUUAGAUUUGGGGAGCCGGCUUUCUCUCCCCUCCCCCUGCUCCCUCCACUCUGUCUAUCCACCCCCUCCCACCCCGUGCUGGAGACAACAGAAGGUGGUCCUCUUAGCAUGGCCCAUUUCAGGCCUUGGUGGACUUGGGGUGGGGGUGUUCUCAGCGGGAGAUAACUUCUUUUUCUGUUUCCCUUUUUUUGUUUUUGGGCCUCAAGCAGGCCUCCAUCUCCCAGAGUCCUCCCUGCCUCCUGGGCAGCCUCCAUGUAGAUGCAGAAAGUUUUGGGGCACUUCCUUCUUAGCCCCACCUACCCCACUCAGGGCCACCCCAGACAGCCCCCUCCCCACUCAGCUGGGCCCCAAGGUCUUUGACUCCUCCAGGCCAGGACCCUCCCUCUAUAAAUAAGCUCCUGCACUGCUGUCUCACCCUGGCUGCUCCUCCCCCACCCCACCCGACCCCAUCCCGCAGAGCCCUCCCUCUUCCCGCAUGGGAGAACUGUCCGUCCUUUCUGUCCCUGUCACUGUCCCACUUGAGAUACCCUCCCACUCUCUGGAAAAAUACCCUCUCUCAUUUCCUAGUUUGGAGGGCUCUGGACUCUUGCGCUUUAUACUUUUGUCCUGUCUGGGGAUGAUGAUGUAUUCCGUGGCAAACCUCCCUUGCUCAGAGAGCACCAGGGCCUGCAAAAGACAGCUGCUGGGGUCGAGGAGGGGGAAGGAGACCCCUGAGACCUAGUCCUCAGCUAGAAGUGGGCCACCUCACUUCUUGGUGGGCCUGACGGAUUAGAGAACUGAGUGUGGCCCACAGAGCCCUGGCACCCCGCCCGGCUGUGCAUUCCGCUCGCUCUCUCGCCCGCUCUGCCUUCAAGUCGUGACUGUUGUGUGCCGUGUGUGAGCCAGACGGUGGGCUCCCUACCACACCACCUCUUGCUCGGAACAUCAGUCCUAUCUGGGCUGCUCCCCCAGGAGUUGCUGAUGCAGCCCCUCACAGCUCCCCAUGUUUUCAUAUCGUUCCCCUGUUGUCUGGGUCGGGAGGGUGGUGAGAGUGGACUCCCCCCCCCCCCCCCGAGACGAGACAAGCAGGUGGAGAGGCAGAGUUGAGGGAGGGAAAAUCACAAUAACAUUUUCAGAGGCAGCACAGAUGAUACACAGACUGCUGGAGUUCUGUGAAGGACGGAGGAGCUGGCAGGCCCACGGGGCCAUACCUCUCGGGGACAGAUGAAGGGCUGGUUACCAGAGUCAGUGCUACUAGACAGUCAGGUACCUCACUGGGAUGGGCCAGGAGGUCUGGGAUCCUGGGGAAUGUGUGCAGAAGAGGAUCUGACCCCCAAGCCCCUCCCUUCUGCUGCCAGCAUUGCCGUGGGCGUGGCCUGCUGCCUGGUCCUCUGCUCCUGGGUGGGGCACACCCUCCUGUGCUGUGCUUGCCGUGCAUCAAUAAACCACCGCGGCCCAAGG